AUGUACAAACAAAGACGCAGGGGAUGUACAAACAAAGACGAGUUGGACACUGAAACAUUAGAAAUAUGCAUGGAGGAUGUUUGGACGUCUAUAGAUCCCGAAGAAAAGAUCAACUAUGAGUACUUUGAUUCGCUGUGGUUUUAUAUCUACACCAUCAGGAAUGAUAAAAACAAAUCAGAUGUUCUUGAGCGCAUUAAAGACAAGAAAAUAUUUUCAAAACAAUAUGUAUUUGUCCCUAUUAUUCUCUGGGGGCACUGGAACCUCCUUGUGCUGUCCAACUUUGGCAAGAAAAACUACUUGGGUACUAAAAAAGGACCACGCAUGCUUCUGCUAGAUUCACUGAAAACUACAAAUCCAACCAGGCUGCGAUCGGCCAUCAGCAAGUUUAUUGCCGACAUUUUGAAAAGCCAAGAGAGGGAAGAAUUACAGCAGUUCAUAAAAGAAGUCAAGCUUGAGAUUCCUGAGGUGCCACAGCAAAGUGGCCGGAUGGACUGUGGUAUAUAUGUUCUUUACUUCUUCUUCUGUAUCCUUAUUGUCGAGAAACUGGGAGAAGAUUUGAGCCAGCUGGAGGUGCUGAAGAACAUAGAGGACUUUCGCCGGGAUAUUCAUUCCUUCUUCCAGUACGAUUAUACCUUAUCUAUCUACAAAUCAGAGUUCAUUUUCCCUAGUUGCAAGUUAUCUGAGCAAUGUUGA